CUGUUAGACACACAACUGAGUGACUACAGCAGAGUCUCUUGAUAUCUUCACUGACAUUACUCUGCACACAAUACUGACUCAGAAUGAUGAAGUUCAGUGCAUCUGCCUUCAUGCUUCUGAUCUGCACAGCUGCACUGCUGUCUACAACGGAGGGAGCUAAACCAAUCCAGCUACGCUGUGAGUGUAUUAAAACACAUUCAGACCCAAUCCCAUUCAAACUAAUACAGUCACUGAGGGUGAAUGAUGCUGGACCACAUUGCAAAAAUGAGGAGAUCAUUGCCACAAUGAAGAAAGGAGUGACAUGUCUCAAUCCUGCAAAAGACUGGGUGAUUUCUCUCAAAGAAAAAUUCAACAAGAAGAAUGUCACGAGACAGCAGUGAAUGAAUAUCACCGUUCAUGAGCAACUGAAGAAACUGGUUCAACUAUAAUGUAAUAUAGGAUUUUAAAAAAAUUUAUUUUGUCAUCUCUUGGUGAAAAAUUAAGUAUUGAAUGUGAAAAUUUCACUACUGCCUGUUUUAUUAAAGAUUAACUUCGCUGACCUUUAUUAUAUUUUAUUAAAAUAUAUUUAUUUGUCGUUGUGUCACUGAAUUGUAGUUUUAGAUGUUCAAAUAGUUUUGCAUUGGUAUUGAAUGAAGACUUGUAA